AUUUGUACUCGUAUAGAAUGCCACUGAUUUGCCACCACCUCUCCUCUUCUUCCUCUUCUUCCUAAUUAUAUAUAAUCUCCUCCAAAAUUCUCUCCCACUCUCUCUCUCUCUCUCUCUAGCUUCGGCAGAUUCUCUCACUACUCACUAGCAUUCACUACCACUGUGGGGGAUGCAGAGCGAGAGAGAAGUUCAAAUACAAUAAACCCAUUUGAGAACUCAUCUCUCUGCAGCUCUCACACAGCUUUCUCACCAAUUUUCAGGUUUGAGGGAGUUAUUGCAAGAAUAUCAUGGGCCCCAAGCAUAAUUCUUCAGGAAACAGAACAAGAAGCACAUUAUCUAUAUUUGUUGUGAUUUCUCUUUGUUGUUUCUUCUACCUUCUUGGAGCAUGGCAAAAGAGCGGUUUUGGAAAAGGAGAUAAGAUAGCAUUUCAAGUUACCAAGCAGAAAGAUUGCAAUGUCUUUGCUGAGUUGAACUCUGAUUUGAACUUUGAAACUCAUCACAAUGUUGUGGAGAUAGUUGAACCUUCUGAACCUAAAGCCAAAGAUUUCAAACCUUGUGAUGUGAAAUAUGCUGAUUAUACCCCUUGUCAAGAACAAGACGGAGCAAUGAAAUUCCCUAGGGAAAAUAUGAUAUACAGGGAAAGACAUUGUCCACCAGAAGAGGAACAAUUGCGUUGUCUUAUUCCAGCAUGGGAAGGGUAUAUGACUCCAUUCCCCUGGCCUAAAGGCCGUGACUAUGUCCACUAUGCCAAUGUACCUUAUAAAAGCCUCACAGUUGAGAAAGCUGUACAGAACUGGGUGCAAUUUCAGGGAAAUGUUUUCAAAUUUCCAGGUGGAGGAACAAUGUUCCCCCAGGGCGCAGAUGCAUAUAUUGAUGAACUUGCAUCAGUUAGUCCGAUUGCAGAUGGCUCUGUCAGGACAGCAUUGGAUACCGGUUGUGGAGUUGCAAGUUGGGGUGCAUACUUAUUGAAGAGAAAUGUAUUAGCCAUGUCCUUUGCACCGCGGGACAAUCAUGAAGCCCAAGUGCAGUUUGUGGAGCGAGGAGUACCUGCUGUUAUUGGUGUGCUUGGAUCGAUUCGUCUUCCAUACCCAGCUAGGGCCUUUGAUAUGGCCCAGUGCUCUCGGUGUUUAAUUCCAUGGACUGCAAAUGAUGGAAUGUACCUAAAAGAAGUUGAUUGGGUCCUUAGACCUGGUGGAUACUGGAUAUUGUCUGGACCUCCAAUUAAUUGGAAGACCUACUACAAAACAUGGAAGCGGUCUAAGGAGGACGUGCAGGCAGAGCAAAAACAGAUUGAAGCACUAGCUGAAAGUCUUUGCUGGGAGAAAAAGUAUGAGAAAGGAGAUAUGGCUAUCUGGAAAAAAAAAGUUAAUACAAAAUCCUGCAGGAGAAAGUCUGUCGAUGUAUGCCAGACAGAGGAUACUGAUGAUGUCUGGUACAAGAAAAUGGACACAUGUGUAACCCCUUCUCCUGAGGUAACCAACGCAAAUGAAGUAGCAGUAGGGGAGUUGAAGUUUCCUGCAAGGCUUUAUGCAGUCCCUCCUCGAAUAGCUAACGGUUUAGUUGUGGGGUUUACAACUGAAUCUUACCAAGAGGACAAUAAACUUUGGAAAAAGCAUGUAAAUGUUUACAAAAGAAUCAACAGAUUGAUUGGCACUACAAGAUAUUGGAAUGUGAUGGAUAUGAAUGCAGGCCUUGGAGGAUUUGCAGCAGCCCUUGAAUCACGAAAAUUGUGGGUUAUGAAUGUUGUGCCUACAAUUGCUAAGAAUACUUUAGGUGUUAUUUAUGAGAGAGGUCUAAUCGGCAUAUAUCAUGACUGGUGUGAAGGCUUUUCUACGUACCCAAGGUCAUAUGACCUUAUUCAUACUAGCGGUGUUUUCAGCUUGUACAAGAACGAGUGCAAACUGGAAGACAUCCUUUUGGAGAUGGAUCGCAUUUUGCGGCCAGAAGGGACAGUCAUCUUCAGGGAUGAAGUUGAUGUCCUUAACAAGGUUAGGAAGAUUGUCGGGGGCAUAAGAUGGGAUGCCAAAAUUAUGGAUCAUGAGGAUGGGCCCCUCGUUCCCGAGAAGAUAUUGGUCGUCGUUAAACAGUACUGGGUUGCCGGCAGUGGAAACAGCACAUCCAGUGAUGAGUAAAACGGGUGAUCAUUUGGUUGUGAAUAGACAGAAUAUAGCACAAGGAAUGGUAAAAAUGCUCUUAGUUGGGGGGGAGUGGCGUGGGGAGGCUGAAGAGUUGUGAACCACCUUUACGGAUGAGUGGUGGUGAUGGUAAUGACCGAUAAACAGCCUUUAUUUUUCCUUUCUACUUCGCUUCAUUUCACGGGGAAAUAAGAUUUACGGGGAUGUUGAAUUGUUAAUUUAAGAAUGUCAUUGAAUUUGGAGAGGACAAUGGAACAGAAUUAAUUCAUAAAGAUUAAAGUUGAUGCA